ACCAGAGCACUGAGAGAUAUUAGCGCUGCAGAAUCUGUUGGCGCUCUACAAAUAACCGAUAAUAAUAUCAGGUAUUGAUGUAACUGGAGUGAAUAAGGGAACCUUCUUCCUGAGCACAGACAUUGGAGCCUGUUAUCAGCAUGAACUCAUAUGUGUUAGAUAAACAUGUGAAUAGUUCAUAUCCAUCCUUCACUACAGGAAGCAUCAAAAUGAUACCACAAACUCCAAAAGUCUUAGACACCAAUGACUAUUCACAAACAUUGGGGAACUCACAGCAGAUAUUUAAAGAAGAUGGCGAAUUGGCAGGAACUGGGCAGCAAUCAUUAUGUACAGAGAGUAAUUUAGUCAUCAAACAAGAGGACAGCAUUUAUGCCGUAUCUAGUGAAAUGAUUAUCCCCAAGGAUAAACCACACACAUUUACUGAAUACCCAAAACAUUUCAAAGAAGAGAAAAGUCUACAGUCUUGCCAAAUUAUUCAAAUAAAGGAGGAGAAACCAUUCAAGUGUAUAGAAUGUGAGAAAAGUAAUUUUCAUCUCCUUGAGCACAACACAGUUCACACAGCUGUGAAACCGUACACAUGUACAGAAUGUGGGAGAUGUUUCACAUCUAAAGGAAGCCUUAAGUGUCACAAAAAGACCCACACAGGGGAGAAACCUUUCACAUGUAAAGAGUGUGGGAGAUGUUUCACAUCCAAGGGAAAUCUCAUAUCUCAUGAAAAGACCCACACAGGGGAGAAACCUUUCACAUGUAAUGAGUGUGGGAGAUGUUUCACAUCCAAGGGAAAUCUCAUAUCUCAUGAAAAGACCCACACAGGGGAGAAACCUUUCACAUGUAAUGAGUGUGGGAGAUGUUUCACAUCCAAGGGAAAUCUCAUAACUCAUGAAAAGACCCACACAGGGGAGAAACCUUUCACAUGUAAUGAGUGUGGGAGAUGUUUCGCAUCCAAGGGAAAUCUCAUAACUCAUGAAAAGACCCACACAGGGGAGAAACCUUUCACGUGUACAGAGUGUGGAAAAAGUUUUACAACCAAGAAGGAUCUAAAAAAUCAUGAAAGGAUUCACACAGGAGAAAAGCCUUUCACAUGUAAUGAGUGUGGGAGAUGUUUCACAUCCAAGGGAACUCUCGUAUCUCAUGAAAAGACCCACACCGGGGAGAAACCUUUCACAUGUAAUGAGUGUGGGAGAUGUUUCACAUCCAAGGGAAAUCUCAUAACUCAUGAAAAGACCCACACAGGGGAGAAACCUUUCACGUGUACAGAGUGUGGAAAAAGUUUUACAACCAAGAAGGAUCUAAAAAAUCAUGAAAGGAUUCACACAGGAGAAAUGCCUUUCAUAUGUAAUGAGUGUGGGAGAUGUUUCACAUCCAAGGGACAUCUCAUAACUCAUGAAAAGACCCACACAGGGGAGAAACCUUUCACGUGUACAGAGUGUGGAAAAAGUUUUACAAUCAAGAAGGAUCUAAAAAAUCAUGAAAGGAUUCACACAGGAGAAAAGCCUUUCACAUGUACAGAGUGUGGAAAAAGUUUUGCACGAAAAAGUAGUCUGAAAAUUCAUGAAAGGAGUCACACAGGGGAAAAACCUUUCACAUGUACAGAAUGUGGAAAAAGUUUUAUAGAAAAGCGUAAUCUGAAAACUCAUGAAAGGAGUCACACAGGGGAAAAACCUUUCACAUGUACAGAAUGUGGAAAACGUUUUACAGAAAAGCGUCUUCUGAAAACUCAUGAAUGGAGUCACACAGGGGAAAAACCUUUCACAUGUACAGAGUGUGGAAAACGUUUUACAGAAAAGCGUCUUCUGAAAACUCAUGAAAGGAGUCACACAGGAGAAAAGCCUUUCAGAUGUACAGAGUGUGGAAAAAGUUUUACAGAAAAGCGUAAUCUGAAAAAUCAUGAAAAGAUUCACACUGGGGAAAAGCCUUUCACAUGUACAGAGUGUGGAAAAAGUUUUACAGAAAAGCGUCAUCUGAAAACUCAUGAAUGGAUUCACACAGGGGAAAAGCCUUUCACAUGUACAGAGUGUGGAAAAUCUUUUACACGAAUAAGAAGCCUUAAGUGUCACAAAAAGACCCACACAGGGGAGAAACCUUUCACAUGUAAUGAGUGUGGGAGAUGUUUCACAUCCAAGGGAAAUCUCAUAACUCAUGAAAAGACCCACACAGGGGAGAAACCUUUCACAUGUAAUGAGUGUGGGAGAUGUUUCACAUCCAAGGGAAAUCUCAUAACUCAUGAAAAGACCCACACAGGGGAGAAACCUUUCACAUGUAAUGAGUGUGGGAGAUGUUUCACAUCCAAGGGAAAUCUCAUAACUCAUGAAAAGACCCACACAGGGGAGAAACCUUUCACGUGUACAGAGUGUGGAAAAAGUUUUACAACCAAGAAGGAUCUAAAAAAUCAUGAAAGGAUUCACACAGGAGAAAAGCCUUUCACAUGUAAUGAGUGUGGGAGAUGUUUCACAUCCAAGGGAACUCUCAUAUCUCAUGAAAAGACCCACACAGGGGAGAAACCUUUCACAUGUAAUGAGUGUGGGAGAUGUUUCACAUCCAAGGGAAAUCUCAUAACUCAUGAAAAGACCCACACAGGGGAGAAACCUUUCACGUGUACAGAGUGUGGAAAAAGUUUUACAACCAAGAAGGAUCUAAAAAAUCAUGAAAGGAUUCACACAGGAGAAAAGCCUUUCACAUGUAAUGAGUGUGGGAGAUGUUUCACAUCCAAGGGAACUCUCAUAUCUCAUGAAAAGAUCCACACAGGGGAGAAACCUUUCACAUGUAAUGAGUGUGGAAAAAGUUUUAUAAACAAGAAGGAUCUAAAAAAUCAUGAAAGGAUUCACACAGGAGAAAAGCCUUUCACAUGUACAGAGUGUGGAAAAAGUUUUACAGAAAAAAGUCAUCUGAGAAAACAUGAAAAGAUUCACACAGGGGAAAAGCCUUUCACAUGUUCAGAGUGUGGAAAAAGUUUUGCACGAAUAAGUAUUCUGAAAAUUCAUGAAAGGAGUCACACAGGGGAAAAGCCUUUCACAUGUACAGAAUGUGGAAAACGUUUUAUAGAAAAGCGUAAUCUGAAAACUCAUGAAAGGAGUCACACCGGAGAAAAGCCUUUCACAUGUACAGAAUGUGGAAAACGUUUUACAGAAAAGCGUCUUCUGAAAUCUCAUGAAUGGAUUCACACAGGGGAAAAACCUUUCACAUGUACAGAGUGUGGAAAACUUUUUACAGAAAAGCGUCUUCUGAAAACUCAUGAAUGGAUUCACACAGGGGAAAAGCCUUUCACAUGUACAGAGUGUGGAAAAAGUUUUAUAGAAAAGCGUAAUCUGAAAAAUCAUGAAAAGAUUCACACUGGGGAAAAGCCUUUCACAUGUACAGAGUGUGGAAAAAGUUUUACAGAAAAGCGUCAUCUGAAAACUCAUGAAUGGAUUCACACAGGGGAAAAGCCUUUCACAUGUACAGAGUGUGGAAAAUCUUUUACACGAAUAAGUUGUCUGAAAAGUCAUGAAAGGAGUCACACAUGGAAAAAGCCAUUCUCAUGUACAGAGAGUGGAAAAAGUUUUACAGAAAUAAAUAGUCUUGAAACUCUUGAAAGGAUUCACACAGGGGCAAAACCUUUUGCAUGUACACAGUGUGGGAAAUGUUUUAAAGUAAAGAGUAAGCUGAAAACUCAUGAAAGGAUUCACAAGGGAAGAAACCUUUCACAUGUUUAGAAAGUGUAAAAAGGUAUCACAAAACACCAAAUAUUUACUUACAAAAUAAACUUUAUGUGCACAGUGUGGAAACCUUUUAAAUUGAUCCUAAAGAGGACACACUCUCUAAAUAGAGUAAAAAAAGGUUCCUAUUGCAAAAAAUAUUUUCUGGGUGGCGGAGCCUAUAGCUGAAGCGACAGGAUGCAUCUUUGUGGAGCUCCUGACUUUAAUCCAAUUUCUAAGAGUUUAUUUUACAUUAAACUAGGUAUACCUAUGCUCUGUAACACCCUGAAGAGACUUGGGGUGAUAGAGGAUCCACAUUGAAAUUGCAGAUUGCCUAUGCUCUUCAGCUAAGCCGCAAAGUGAUCAACACAUAUUUUAAGGCCGACCAUCCGAGUAGCUUGGCUGCUGCAUUAUUCCCCCAGGAAACUGGGUUAUGAAGCAGAUAUUUAAUGCUGCGUAAAGAACUUUAAAAAAACGUCUUUAUAACUCACUACAUGUUCCAAAAUAUGGACUUUACCACUACAAUUAUAAGGGAGCUGAGCAACCUUUUAGAUGGCUAUCAAGCUGCGUUUGAACAGACCUUGAAGAUGGCGUUCCUACCCACUACUGCGCACACUCAAGAGCAAGCUAUCCAGAAAAGUCUCACAAUAGCCACUGAUUUGAGUGAAGGGGAUUUGGGACACCAAAGAGCAAAACCUAUCUCCAACGAUCCCAGAAGUACAAAACUUAAUCCCUAUGAUGGCUUCGGCUCUACAGGUGGUGUUGUGGUAUCCAUAAUAAUUCAUGCUCCUUGCUACCUAGGGAGGCUUAAUAACUCCAAUACCCUCCCCACUAAAGAUGAAGAGGAUCAUAAACCUACCAUAGAUGCAACAAAUGACUGGAUUGCGGUGGCGAGCCCAGCCCUGGUGACCUAGAGGAGGAACCCCUUACACCUAAGACCGUAAGCUCGUCUGCUCUCCUCACCCGGACCAAGUCUAUCUUGGACAGUGAGAAAGCUGUUAAGGAUGUGGACUGUCUCAUUGAAUCUCAUUGAAAGCCAGCAGCAAUAGAGACAGACUCUCUGGGGAAAAUGCAUCUGUCUCUCAGGAGAACACGCGACAGGCAGGAAUGGAGCAGAGGGGAGUACCAUCUCCCUCACACAGCACUAAGCAUCCACGAUCAAAUCGGUCGCUAGAUAAAUCUGGAGUAGGCUAAAUUAUAUGCUGUCACUUUACUGAGUUGUGCUUACACUUUACGGACAUAUAUAUGUUUAUAUAUAUAUAUAUAUAUAUAUAUAUAUAUAUAUUGGACAUUCUGAGUCGCCGGCAUGAUGUUGAACUGUGAGUACUACUUUAAAAGGCCUAACAUAUGCUAACCAGCAAGGUACUUCACCCCCCUGCCACCAAAUAUCUUGUUCUAGAGGCUGGCUAAUGCCACUACUACUUCUUUCUCCUGAGAAGCUACCCCACAUCUCUUGGACUUUAAGCUGGACUCGCUAUUGUGGGACACUUUCAAACUUAUUAAAAUAUAAUGCAGAGUGCUUACAUCUGGUGAACACACAAGUCAUAAUCCUACUGUUCUUAAUUUGUACUGCCAUAUUUGUAUUUAUGUUUACCUAUAUCAUUAACAGAUGAGUACUCAGCAGAGAGUUUCAGAAAAUGUUUUUCUAUGCGUAUAUACUUUAGUUGGAGACUCCUAUGUAAUACUAUUUUUAUGACCUUAUUCUAUACCAAACACUCAGAUCCUAUGCUAUAUUGAUGUUCACAUAGCAGUUUUAUACCAUGAGGUUAAUUCCCCCAACUCCCAUAAUAUUCUCCUCUGGAUACGUUGAUUAAGGUCUAGUAUCAAGUUGGGCUGUCUGUGGCCGGGGCAGCAUGAUUCUGUCUUAAUAUACUUGACAUAUGUAAUAGACCUCUCUGUAUCACACAGCAACAUAUGCUUAUCUCAGAAUAAGGUAGACAUGUAUUUUAACAGGCACCUACCUAUAUUUCCAUACUAACAUACUAUCAAAAGAGUCAUACGUUUCCCAUUACUUUUUGUGUCAACCUAUUUGUGCCUGUCUCACAACUACUACCCUAGAGAAUAUAUGCUAUCCAUUAAGAUAAGCCACUCUCAACUGUACUGAUCUCUCAGCUCCUUUAAUAGUCACUAAAAAAUGGAAGUACUAAACCAUAAUCCUUACCUAUAAACAUUUAUUAUCUAUGCUACAGCCUCAAUUUCAUUGUUUGUUAGACUGCUCUUUAUUGAUUUGAGCGAUUGACUUUGGAGCAUGUUCCCUUUUAAUAUCCAGAGAUCCCACAGAGGCUUACAACUAUGCUUUAAACCCUAUAUCAUUUAAUCUCUUCAAAGUUUAUAGCUACAAGAGUGACCGACUUAACCUACCAGUUAUACUGACCUCCUUAAUUAACUGUUUGACUAAGUAAUAGGCUAUACAUUCUGACCACAGCUUUACCAAACUUUUAUAACUCACUAUUUUAAAGGUCCAAGUGUGACCAUUUGUGCUAUUAACUUUUCUCCCCUAGGUCAUUUAGAUACUGCUGGGUCCAUGAGUGACUCUAUGAAGACAUAGAGGAAAUUAAACUUUAUACAAAAUGAGGUUCCGUUACCAUUUAUAUUCUAAAGUCAAUCGUUUCAUUUAAGAGUUUUCAGUUCUUUAGUUAUGUCAAGAAAUAAGGUAUGUGACAAAUUCCCCUGUGUGUAUUUUGCUACCACUAUGUAUUAAUACCUGAUGUGUCAUUCUCUUAUUUUGACAACUGUUUGCUUUCUUUUUAUUGUACUUGCUAACAACCUCAAUAAAAAACAAUUAUAAAAAAAAUAAUACUUUCUAAAUCCCAGUUAUAAAAGCCCCAGAUUGGAAGUGCUCGCCUGCUGUCCUUUGUUCCUCUAUAUAUGUGCACCUCAGUUUCUCUCAUAUAAAUGUGAUAGAAUCCAAACACCACACAGGAAUAUACAGAUCUGUCCUCAUACUGACCAGUUUACACAACCAUUCACCACCAAAGCACCCCUAGUGUUGUUUAUUAAUAUGCCAGUGUUAGGAGUUGUACGUUUGUUUUACAUAGGGGAAGAAAUAAUUACAUUUACAG